AUGCUUCAGGCUAUAGAACGGUACAUGAAACAAGCGAUUGUUGAUAAAAACCCAGCAGUUAGCUCUGCGGCUUUAGUAUCUGCUCUUCAUCUCUCAUCUAGUGCACCAGAUCUUGUCCGGCGCUGGGCAAAUGAGGCUCAGGAAGCUAUUAACUCCGACAAUGCCAUGGUUUCUUAUCAUGCAUUAGGAAUCGCCGCAAGUUCAAAAAAGAAUGAUAAAUUAUCUACCGUAAAGUUAGUUUCACGUCUCUGUCGAUCGCCCAUGAAAUCACCUUAUGCCUUAUGUCUUCUCAUCCGCUUAGCUGCACAAAUAAUUGAAAUGGAUGAUUCGGAGGCCUCUCAACCAUACAUUGAAUUUAUUGAAUACUGUCUUCGUCAUAAAUCUGAAAUGGUUAUAUAUGAAGCAGCUCAUGCAAUUGUUAACUUAAAAACGACUACUCGAGACCUAGCCCCAGCUGUGUCAGUCUUACAAUUGUUUUGUGGUUCUUCCAAGGCGUGUUUGCGUUUGGCUGGCGCCCGAACGCUUGCUUGUUUGACAGCAAACCGCCCAGCAGCAGUUGCAGCUUGUACGGUUGAUUUAGAGAACCUUAUAUCAGAUCCAAAUCGUUCAGUUGCUACUUUAGCUGUUACAACUUUACUUGCGACUGGAGCAGAGAGUUCGGUUGAUAGAUUAAUGAAGCAAAUAUCAAGUUUUGUAUCGGAAAUAUCAGAUGAGUUCAAAAUUAUCGUUGUCAAAGCCAUUCGCCGCCUGUGUACCAAGUUUCCACGGAAACAUCAAUCUAUCGUAGCAUUCUUGGCUGGAAUGUUGAGAGAUGAAGGUGGUUUUGAAUAUAAAACUGCAAUCGCAGAAGCCAUAAUAUCUUUAGUUGAGGAGAAUCCAGAUGCAAAAGAAACAGGAUUGGCACAUUUGUGCGAGUUUAUUGAAGAUUGUGAGCAUGCUACGUUAGCUAUUCGCAUAUUGCAUUUGCUCGGACGUGAAGGCCCAAAAUCACGGCAACCUUCCCGGUAUAUUAGAUUUGUAUACAAUAGAGUAAUUUUAGAGUCUGGUCCUGUAAGAGCCGCAGCAGUAUCAGCAGUCGCGCAGUUCGGUGCACAAAUACCAGAAUUACUACCAAAUAUUAAAGUUCUUCUGUCGCGCUGUGAAUUGGAUGACGAAGAUGAAGUAAGGGAUAGAGCAAUUUAUUAUAAUGCAAUUCUCGACUCAGGAGAUCAACAAUUGAUCAACGAUUAUAUUAUAAAUGUAGUGAAACCAAACCUCGUAGCACUUGAAAGAGCCUUGAGGGAUCAUAUUGCUGCAAAACCAGACCAGCUAUUUGAUAUAAUGACAAUACCUAUUGAAGAAUCAAAAGAUGUUAAAAAAGACGUUGUGGAGGUGGAAGCGAAGAAACCUAUGCAAAAAACUGUGGAUGAGAUAUAUAAUGAAACAUUGUCACAUAUUCCUGGUAUAGAGCGUUUAGGAAAAAUAUUUAAAAGAUCAAGACCUGUAGAUUUGACAGAAGCUGAGACAGAAUACAGGGUACGAUUAUAUAAACACAUCUUUGAUUGCCAUAUUGUAUUACAGUUCGAAUGUAUUAACACACUGAAUGAUCAAGUCCUUGAGCAAGUUCAUGUACGAUUAGAGACACCGCCUGAGUUUAAUAUAUUGUCUAUUAUUCCUUGUCAGAAACUGUUAUAUGAUAAACCAGGUAGUGUUUUUGUCAUUGUGGAAUUUCCUUGUGCAUUUUUAGACAGCUUGGGAACUUUUGGCACAACAUUGGAAUUUACUGUUAGAGAUUGUGAUCCCAAUACUGGGAAUCCUGACCCUGGUGAGGGAUAUGCAGACACAUAUGCUUUAGAAGAGUUUGAAAUUAAUUGUUCUGAUCAAAUAAAAACACGAACUGCCACUGACGAUUGGGAAGAUACUUGGGAGUAUGCAUCAAAUUCUCCAGAAGCUUCAGAAACAUUCUCACUUCCUCACAGAAAUGUCAAUGAGGCAGCUAAAGCGGUUUGCAGUCAUUUGGGACUACCUAAGGCGGCAAUAAGUGGGGACUCCUUAGUAGAAAUUAAAGGAUGUGGCAUAUUCAGAGGCGGUGCUCCUGUCUUAAUAAAAGCAAAAUUGGUCACUAUUAGUGAUGGCAUCACAAUGAAACUUGCUAUAAGAUCACCUCGAGAAGAUAUCGCCCAACUAUUAUUAUCUGCAAUUGGUUAA